AGAGCUGAGUCAGACACGACGGCGAGCAGUAUGGCGACAUGUCGCUUCGUGCGUAAACAGUGAGUGUAGGCACUUGUCUCAUCGUGGCGGGAUAAAUAUUGUCUGACUGGCUAAAGUGUGCUUCUAUACGUCGUUCAAGAUCGUAUCGCUUACAGGACGUCUCAUUUAAAGAGCAGAAACAGUGGUAUUUCUUAGCAGUGAGCAUUUGACAGAUUAUCACCUUUGCUUGCCGUUUACAGUUAUGUGUUAGCUUAUCAAUGAGAAAGGACAGAGCUUUGUGACUCGUGGAAACGGCGUGAAUAUUCUAUUGCGACUGAGAGGAGACGAAAUGAGCGGGUCUGCAGUGCCCUGGCGUGGAAAAUUCCGACUGAUACCGUGUUAGCUGAACCGUAGCGAGAAGAUUUGGAUUAUGUGGAGUGUUAAGACCAGCAAGACGAAGAAUUCUCAAGGAUGAGCCGUGGGUACUACGUACCCUGUGCGCCGUUCCUCUACUUGGUUCCGGACAGCGGGGGCAUGGACUGCAUGCCGCUCCAGCCGGCGCAUGCGCACCAACCGCAUCGGCCGCCGGGGCCAUUCCAGUACCUCAUGCACGAGCAGGCCAAAUCGCUCGUCGCGCUACAGGAGCUGCAGAAUGAGGUGGGCGCGCUGCUGGAGUUCCGGGACCUGGUCAUGGAGACGUUCCCGCACCUGCGGCAGAAGCUGGCGGCCAGCGAGCGCGGCGGCUCGUCCUCGUCGUGCUGCACCAGCACCGCCUCCUCCACGGCGGCCACGCUGCCGCCGGCGCACCUCCACCAGCUGCACCACGCCGCCGCCCCCGCCUCCAGCGCCGCCUCCGCCAGCCCCUCCGGCGCCGCCUCCCGGCACCGCCCGCCGGCUGCAGACUGGGAACCGGGCGUGCGCGUGCGUCGCAAGCUGCUGCACGGCGCCGCGCACCACAAGGAGAUCACAGGAGGCAGCGACGGCGCGUCGAGCGGCGCGACGCAUCGGAAGCAGCCCAAGAGCGGCGACGGCAGCGGCACGAGCAGUGCGGGCAGCUCCGCCGUACAGGACUCCGGCUUCGGCACCGAGACCUCCUCCAGCAAGGCCGCCUCCGCAACCACCGUGCUCCCUCCCGCUCACCACCACCAGGCCAGCUCGUCGUCGGUGGUGGUGGACGAGGCGGAGGACGAGCUGUGGAACCUGCUGGACGUGAUCCAGCGCAAGGGCACGCGCCUGCGCGACGAGGUGGCGCAGCUGCAGCAGCGCCUCGCGGGCUCCGCCGCCCCCGCGCCUUCUGCCCCCGCCGCCGAGCAGCAGGAGCGGCCGCCCCCGCCACCGACGCCUCGUCCGCGUCCGCGGAGGCCGCUUGGCGCUCUGGACGCCGUGCUCAGCGGGCCCUCCACGCUGCCCAGGGCGCGCCCCGACGCGCGCAAGGUGGCCGCCAUCCUGCGAGAGCUGGAUCCCGUCGAGCUGCAGAGGCACCUGCUCACCACCACCGCGCACAACCAGGCUUUGCAGAAUCGACUAGAGAAGACAGCAAAGCUGCACACUAGUCUCCUGGAGCAGCUGGAUAAAGUGAAAGAUGAAAAUGAUGAUCUACGAUUUCAGCUUGCAGAAAAGAGUAUAGAGCUGGAGGGAACCAAGGCACGCAUGCGAGUAUUACAGCAGCGGCAAGGCAAGGCAGCUGAAACAAACACUGCAGCAGUGUCAACAGAAACAGAUGAUGAGCAGCCUCCUCUACUUCCCCCAGAGGAAACAUGCAAUCCAAUCCUGCCUCUACUAGCAUUGCCAGUAGCUGGUUCAGAUGACCACAACCACCAGCACCACAGCAGUAGUACUGAGUCAGCGCACGAUCACACUGAACAGCGCCGUGUGCAGUCAUCUAAUUCUCCCCGUCGCAGGCCUAGCAAGAUACCUUUACUGGGAACUAAAUCGUACUGUGCACCCAGACCGCCAUCUGGGAAGACAGGUGCUAUCACGGCAGCACAUUCUAAUAAGAGCAGAGAUUCUCUGUCAGCUAAAUCUGGCCGGGAAAGUUCAUGGAAAAGCAAGGCUGAUGGUGCCUCUCUGAGUGGAAGCAAGAGCAGAGAACCUAUUUCUGUGGUUAGGAACUCUUCUCUUUCAGCAAGAAACAACAGUAGAGAAUCACUAAAUGGUAGUAAAUCUAGAGAUUCCAUUCUGAGCAAAUCUCGUAGUGACUCAGUAAAUGGCCGAAAAGUAUCAGCCGUGGAAGUGACAAUGGUUUCUACUAGGUCGAGAGAUGGUCAUAGUCAAAAUAGUUUCUCAUCAAAUGCAUCGAAUACUAACAAGCGAGAUUCUCUUUCUGGAAAAAGCAGAGAAGCUUCUUUCUCAUCAUCCAGUGGUUGGAAAGGAACUCAGCAUCCAGUGAGGAGGGCCAGUAGUGCAAGCAUCACAAGAGGCAACGUGAUUGAUCAAGCUGAUCGUAACUCUAAGGUUUUAACAGCAUCUGAUAGUCUAGAGCCAAAACAGUGUUCUUCCGCAACAGGAGAGACACAUGGCAGUCACCAUGAUGAUCAUCAUGAUGCAGAUUCCUUUUCGGAUUCCCUCAACCAUUUUCCUGACCAAGAAGUGGAACUUUCACCAAAAACAAGUGAUGAGAUUGAUUUCAAAAGUUUGACAUCUCAACUUAACUUACAAAGCCAAGAUGUAAACAGUGACAGUAACAUUAUUGUUGAUGGCAACUCCUCCUCAUCUGAAUUUUUUGACAGUAUCAAUGACUCUGAAAGUGUAUUGAAUAAUGAAAUUGUAUCUAGCAAAAAUGUACACGUCCAAGACCAUCACCUGCAUACUUCAUCACGAUGUGAAGGAUUGACAGAGUGUGAUUCAUUGGAGAACAGGGCACCUGAAAUGAUGAUAGAAGCAUUUCAUACACCAACAAAAUUUUUGUCAAAAGUAAUUUCUACACGAAACUUUUGUAUCGCACCAGGAGGUCAACAUACUGAAUACUGAAAUUAAUUUGAAUUGUUUUCUUUUCUACUCUUCUAAUGGUGAGACACUGUUUCAUUCUAUUUACAACCAUGAACUACUGUGUGAAAAGACAUUGAUAGUUAAUGUGCAGCAUAUGUCUAUUACAAAUGAAAUUUUAACCUCAGAUUAGUAGGAAUAUGGUGGUUAAGAAUGCUGUUUGCAUGAUAGAAUGCUGAAAGUAUAUGGGGAUGCCAUCUCUAAUUAGUACUGCUUAUGGUUACUGAUGUAAAAUUUUCUAAAAAUACAUCUGUUGUAUUUAUGGAAUGGAUGUUCUGAAUUGGAUGUUAGUAAUUUGGUGACAUAAUAUGGUGCUCUUUUGUAAUCAAUAUUUUAAUGGAGCAUUUAAUUGCAUUUGCUGGUGUUUAGACUUUGCUUUUGUAAGAUAAUUUCCAAAUCUUUGAUGUAGUUUGACUUUUGGCUUUUGUUAUGAAACCAAGCAAAGCAUAAGCUUUUUGCCUUUGCUGACUGUAGUUAUCCUAAAAAGAAUCUUCACACUUUUUUGUCUUAAGUGAGAUGAAGAAUAGGUCAGAUGCGCAGUACAGAAAUUUGCAGAGAACAGGAAGUAAGUCACUCGGUAUCCUCCUCCUCCCUUUUAGGAAACACUAUCAUUAUUCCUUAGUUUCAUUUGUAAUGUGUUUCAUGGGACCCCAUGCAUAAAUUAAACAUGUUUUGUAUACUGGCUACAUAACACCAUGUAUUCUGAAUCCAAACAAAACAUUCUUUUUAACACGUAAAUAAUUGAGGAGAGAGAAACAUAAGAUGAAGAGCUUUCCAUUUAUGAAAAAUAUGCCAAUAUCCUUUCUAGAAAAGAAAUACACUGUCAGCUGCUAAAUUUAUUUGCUCUUUUGUAUUGUUCUCUACUCAUUUUCCCCAAGACAAAUUAAUUAAAAAAACACAGAUGUCUAAGGUGAACUGUUGGUUAUUAAUUUGAUUUUCAUUCUCCUACAAAGUUUAUUUAUAUUUUGAGGAAUGUUAGCCAGGCUGAGGUCAUGUGAGUUGUAGUGUUGUAUCUGACAUUGAAGAGAUGCACCAAACAUCUAUAAACACGAGUAAAAUGUUCAGUGUUUCAAGACACAUCAUUUUGACUGGAUAAAAUUGCUGUUACUGGCACAGUACUCCACACAUAUAGGUGAGGAAGCAACAUCUGGAAUCUUACCAAGAGGAGCCAGAAUGAUGCCUGCACCUCCUGUGGAAGAUACCAGAUAUUGCUGUACCAUCUGUAUGAGUGGAACAUUGUGCUAGUCAUUGUGGUCAUUAGUGUUACUCCUGAUUAUGGCCCAGACAACUGUAGAAGUCAAGUAUUUAUUUUGAAAUGAUAUGACUAUAAGCCCAAGGUGAUUUUUUUCAGACAAACAACCACGAAACAUUAUGACAACACGAAUCAUUAAAACAGUGAGCUAUGAACUGAACAUAAUGUUUUGUAUUAACUCAUUUAUUUAUGAAUAUUGGAGCGUUUCAUGUGACUGGUAGUUCAUACUUCAAGCAAUGUGUGCUGUGUUAAUGAGGUUGAGAUAAGGAAAGAGGAGCAUAUUAAUACAUUAAUACCAGUGGGAGAAUAGAGGGAGGAAGGUGUGUGUGUGUGUGUGUGUGUGUGUGUGUGUGUGUGUGUGUGUGUGUGUGUGUGUGUGUGUGUGUGUGUGCGUGCGCGUGUGCGUGCGCGAGUCAAAGUGGCUGGUAAGUAGAGCAGUAGCUCUCACCCCCUCCCCUCCCACCCCCACCCCACCAACCCACACCUCUACCUUGCUCCUCUUCCAUUUCAAAGUAUUCAUAAUGUAGCAUGCUAGAUAGGUGUUCCGUAGAUUCAGAGAAUUCCAGCCUGACAGCACUCAGUUAAACAAAAACAGUAGCAGUUCUGAAAACUAUUUAUUGUGGAUGUUCCAAUGCUAAUAUAAUUACUGGAAUAUCUUUUUGCAACUGUUAGUGUAUUUUUCUUUUUAUUACAGCUGUUAUAUUGGUGUUAAAAUAUACAGCUGUAAACCAUGCUAAGAUAUCUGUUUUUAUGAUAUUUAGUGUGUUUUCUUUACACACCUGACUUAUUAAAUCUGGCAUAUUUGUUACACAAAAUCAAUUACUUUCAAGUCGUGUCCUGGAGAAAUAAGUAUAUAUGGGGGCACUGUUAGAAGCAGUCAUCAACAGCAAAAUGCACAUAUAAUGUUGUAAUGAAAAAAUAAUUUCCCAUUUUCAAAUAAAUUCAUCUGGUGUUUUAUAUGUCUGGUGCUUACUUUUUAUCAAUUUGAAAAUUGUUCUCCCAUGAACUGGGAAGAAGAGAAUAUGCCACUUUGGAUAUGUUUGCACUGAUACACUCUCUCUCUCUCUCUCUCUCUCUCUCUCUCUCUCUCUCUCUCUCUCUCUCUCUCUCUCUUUUCAUUCCCUCCCCCUCCCUCUAAAACAUUUCCUUUCUAAGUAGGAAUGGUCUCUAAUCACUGAAUUGUAAGUACACACGUAUUUGCCAUAAAACUAGAUGAGUACUUAUUUUGUUGUUGAUUUUUAUGGAGAUAUCAAGGUAUUUCAAUAAGAUGGCUGUUGGGUACUCUCAUUUUCCUGUGUUUUAACAUUUUUAGGACAUCUUCCAAUUAUAUUCCAGUCUUACGUUCAACAAUGUAGGAAAUGAUAGAUUGUUACUUAUCAUAAAGAUGACACUUUAAGCUGCAGACAGGGACAAUUAAAUGAUACUUACGAAGCUUUCAGCCACAGCCUUCAUUGGAAAAAGAGAAAGUGAAAGCUUAUGUGUGUCUAUUAAUUGCACCUGUCUGCAACUUAACGUGUAAUUUUUAUAAGUAGCAAUCUGUCUUUUCCUACAUUAUUGAUAUUCCUAACUGGCAUUUCCAUUGUUUGAUUUUGCCAACGUUAUGUUCACUAUUUUUGCUUUAAUGGUUAAUAGCACCCUCUCAAUGGCACAUUAACUGAAAUACGUAUUCAAAGGAGCUAGUUGUGAUAGGCAAGUGACUGUAAAAACAGUUAACAAAAACAUUUCCUCUGUAGUUUUGAGUACAUAUUAGUUUCAAUCUGGCCCUGUAUUUACAGACACUGCAUGCAUUUAAGGUAUGUUUUGUUAGUUGUGCUAGAUCAUUUAUGAACCAGUUUCUUAACACUGAAUAUACACAAGGCACUAAUAAAUGAGAGCCUUGGAAAAAGUUGCUAAAUAUACUUAAACCUGCAUGUUAAAUCUCAGAAAACUGAAUUAGAAAUAUGUUAUUGUUGCUGUUGGAACUCUUUCAUAUCAGUAUACUUGAAAUUACAAUAUUGAGAUAUGUUUCAGUUUCCUGAUUUUUUAUUAUUUUUGUGUGUGUGUGUUUGUUUGUUCAAACUUUCGUUAUGAGUUGGAACCCGUCUUUUCUUUGUCUGCUCCUUACUGAAUUAAAACCUAUGAAAUGCUACUAAAUUGCUUUAGACAGAAAAUCUGUACUUAAGUAUAGUACUCUGUUGUUAUUUUUAUUAUUUCAGAUUGUCAUUCAUGGAUAAUUGUGGUAAUGUUUUUAACAGUAUUUGUUAAAGUAUUUAUACUCCUUGUUCAGACAAGACUGAACUGCAAUAAAAUUUAGUUCCUGUAAGUAUCAUUAGAUGGCUGUAGCAGCUGUUCACAGUAUGAAUGAGAAAAAAUUAUUGAUGUGUGUAUAUUUUUGGAAUUCAGUGUAAAAAUCGUACGAUUCUGUGAGGCUACCAACUUACAAACAAGGAACAAAAGAAAAAACAACGGUUUUUUUCAAAAGUUUCAAUAGUGUUUCAGAAAAUCAUUGUUCCAAUUUUUCUUAAGAUGAGAGUGAAAAUAAAAUCAUUCAACUAACACUUUCAAUAUGGUAUGCAGUGUUGUAAUGGAUACUGGAUUGGAUAAAAGAUGAAAAUACUAGUUUCUUUUUUAGAUUUGACUUCAUCUGGAACCCGGAAGUGCUCAGUGAACAUACUUAUUUCGAGUCGUAAAAGGAGGCACAGUAAUGAAAUGCAACUUGGGAUUGUUGUAGCAGAUUUUGGUCACUGAGUAACCAUCUUCUACACAGUGGAUAAAGUUAACACAUUUUAGUCAUUAUUUGACAUAGUCUUUCUUGUACUAUACACACCAGAAGUUGAAAUUGAACUCUUUAUUUGGUACAAUGAAGACUUUCACUCAGUGACUGAAAUGUAGACCUGCUACAGUAAUCAUGAGUUGCAACUGAUUCCUGUAUCUUCUUUCACCAGUUGAUAUUAGUUUUUACCAAGUUAUUUAAAUCAUGAUAGUAAAGCAAUAAAUUGAUGUAUCUAAGCAUACCUUUAGUAGAGAGUUCAUUUUCGUGUGUUGUGACAUCUAUCCCAUUGUUGGUCGAAGAGUAGAGUGAGAGUGCUUAUUUGUUGCUGCUAUAGCCAUCAUAAUUUAAACAUUUGUGUUUGGUAAAUGAAUCAAAGAAUACAUUUUUACCUUCAAGUAUGCAGCAUUCUUAUGAUUUAUUAAAAGCAGCAUCUACCUUUACAACGAGACAAGGAUUAAUAGUAAUAUACUGUGGUAGUAUCAGUACCCCCUCCACCCCCCUCCCCGCUAAACCUCCUUUCCUACACAUACCAUUUCCAUCUCGAGAACAAAACAUUACCAAAGGACAUUGUUUUAUUAGUAGUAAUAACAGCUUAUAAAACAUGGUCUCCCCCAGUGUAGUUAAAUGUUGACUGAGUGACUGGCAGGAUCCAAAAGUAUUACGUAUGUAUCUUUCCAAAGCUCAUUAACAUGAGUAUAUGCUGUAUCUUUAGUCUCUCUUUUUUAUUUAUGUAAAUUUUUUUCUUCUAUGUCGUCCUCUAUUUGUGGAAGUUGGUACAAUUUAUUGUAAACAUGGACUGUGCUGUUUGAGUAUGGCUCCAAGAACUAUAUUCUGUACAUCCCAUUACAAAGAUUAUAGCUGGCAAAGAACUCAUAUUUUUUUUCUAAAACUAGCUGAUAGUCUGUGUUUUUUAAGCAAGUGAUAUGUAAUAUUACAUUUAGAAAGAUUGUCCACUCUUCGUGUCACUGAAGAUAACAUGACAUAUAAGAUAAGAAAUGCCAAAAAUGUAUCUUUGUAGUAGAAAAAGAUUUGUAUAUCCCUUAUCUCCAAGCUUCAGAGAAUUUGAUGGACUUGAACUUAAGACUUGGCUCGACUUUUUCUGGCUUUCAGUUGUUAGAACAACUGGUUGUAAAGCUCUGAUGGUGCAAUGAAUGUUAGCUGCAUGUAAGAAUUAGGUUCCAGAUUUUUAUAUCCGAAAUACUCAAAAGUGGAAUUUCACAUCUGAAUAGUGGUCAUUUUUGUAUAACUCAAGGAAUAGCUCAGCAAGAAUAUGAAAAUUCAUUCCAUUGGUGCUCAGGACAGGCUUGAGUGAAUGUGUCUUGUAUUAUUGUUUACACGAAUUCUGGUUAUGAGCUUAAGUGGUUGCUUGGCAUCUUGAGAGCUUGGCAAAGUAUUUGUGGAUUGUAAUUAUGUGUUGUUAUACAUGUGAUAUAUUAUACAUUAUACAAUCACAUACAUUAUAAUGUUGUGUAUAUUUUUUAUGUUUUGUGUAUCAUAUGAACAGUGUAAAUAUUAAAAGUGUGUAAAUUAUUACCAAUUGAACAAAUAAAUGUACUGAAUAUUAGCAUUC